CCCCUGACUUCAGUGGCUCCCGGGGCAGGACCAUGGGACUAGUAGGACUUCUCAAUGGAAAGAAGACUAGUUUUAAAUAUUUUCUAAAGACACCGGUUAACAAAACGGACACACCGACUACUCUGGAUACGUUAUUAUACAGUUUUUAGUGUAUUUUUCCCUCAUUGGUAGCACAAUUUAAGCUAAAACCGUUGUUGUUUUUGCGCUCUGUUUUUUUUCCUCAAAGUAAUUUCCUGUUCAUGACCGGGGGCGAGAGUUUGCACGCUUGUUUGUCGUCCCGUACGUGUUUCGAAGUAAUGGGAAAUUUAAAGUGAGCGUUUAAAAAGCCCGACCGCGUUUCCUGAAGUUGGGAGCGGAUAACCUGGGAUGACUGCAGCCGCCUCCUUUGGAUAAGACAACACACUGACUUGGACCCACGCUAUGGGCAACAAAGGGAACCUCUCAACAACUGGGCUAGUUAUUUAGCUACCAGGGAGGAUACUCGGCAUUUGAAAUGUGGUAGAUUUGCAGAGCUGGGAGGAAAUGGAAGCCGAUGCCAGCAUGGAAAGGGAAUUCUAAAUGAGUCGUUUUCCAAACAAAGAAGGACACCUCCGUCGGACUGAACACCGCCGAGCAAAGGGAAAGCCUUGCGAGAAAUGGAGGAGGAAGGCUGGCUUGAGCCAAACAACAUACUUGCAAAGGUCUCAUUCUUCUUUGCCCGGUUCUAGCAACAUCUACCCGCCCGCCGUUUCUGUUAUCAAAACAUUGUUUCCUUCGCCGGUGCUGCAGUGCUUUUCUGGUCGCGUGUGAAUUAAAAAUGAGGGUGGAUCGUUUGCAGUUGUUUGGGAUUUUGCUGCUGCUGAGCGGCUGCUGUGGCUCGGCGGCAUCAUCCGCGUGCAAAUCGUUUGAUGAAAACUCGAAAAGCGGUGGGAAAAUCGUGCCGUCCUACAAGAAAGUGGUCUGCAGCAACAUGGAGCUCCAUCAGGUGUUGCCCCCGGACUCUCUCUCUUUCCCGAACAGAACAGUGACACUAAUUUUAAGCAACAACAAGAUUCAAGAACUCAGAAAUGGAUCCUUCUUUGGAUUAUUUGCUUUGGAAAAAUUGGACCUGCGGAGUAACAUGAUCAGUCAUAUUGAACCAGGAGCUUUUCUUGGCUUGCCAGCACUAAAGCGACUAGACCUGGCCAACAACAGCAUCAGCUGUCUUAACAGCGACAUCUUCAAAGGUCUAUCCAGUCUGAUCCGACUAAACCUUACGGGGAACAUGUUCUCUUCAUUGGCUCAGGGGACCUUUGACAGCUUGGUGUCUCUGAAGGCGCUGGACUUCAAGACACCUUACCUGCUGUGUGACUGCAACCUUCUCUGGCUGCUGCGCUGGAUCAAAGACAGGAAAAUCUCUGUGAGGAACACAGAGUGCUCCUACCCACAGUCUCUACAGGGUCAAUCAAUUACCUCCAUCAGGCCGGAGCUCUUUACAUGCGACGCUCCACUUGAGCUGCCCUCCUUCCAGCUGACCCCAUCCCAGCGGCAGGUCGUCUUUCAGGGGGACAGCCUGCCGUUCCAGUGUCAGGCCUCCCUCGUGGCAGAGGACAUGCAGGUGCUGUGGUACCACAGGGGCCACAUGGUCAAGCCUGACGCCACUCAAGGCAUCUUCAUUGAAAAGCGCAUUGUGCAGAACUGCUCGCUGAUUGCCAGUGCAUUGACCAUCUCAAACAUCCAACCUGGUUUUACGGGCAACUGGGAGUGUCGGGUCAGGACAAGCAGGGGAAACACCACCAGGACGGUCCACAUUGUGGUGCUGCAAAGUUCAGCCAAGUACUGCGUCCCUGAACGUGUCUCCAACAACAAGGGAGAGUUCAGGUGGCCACGCACCUUAGCAGGGAUCAGAGCCUACCUGUCCUGCAACCGACUGCCAUCAAGCGGAAGCACGUACUCGGGCAGCUCCAGUGAAGAGCAACGGGCUUGGCGUUACUGUGAUCGCGAGGGCCAGUGGGCAGAAGAGGAUUAUUCCCGCUGCCAGUUUCAGAAGGAUGUCACAAGAUUCCUCAAUGUCAUCAACCAGAUGCCUCUAAAUGAGAGCAAUGUGGUGACUAUAGCUCAACGCCUGUUUGUCUACACGAAGGAUGCUGCCAACUUCUCAGACAAGAUGGAUAUCAUCUUUGUGGCUGAGAUGAUCGAGAAGUUUGGGAAGUUUGUUGAGAAGUUUAAAGACCUGGGUCAGGUGAUGGUCAGCAUGGCCAGUAACCUGAUGCUGGCUGACGAGAGGGUGUUGUCGAUGGCUCAGCGUGAAGCCAUGGCCUGCUCCCGCAUCAUCGCCUGCCUCCAGAAGAUUGCCGCUUACCGCCCAGCUACACCUCAGGCCUUCCCCCUGACCUCCCCUAACAUUGCACUGGACGUCCACUUUAUCAAGGUCAGUGACUGGAAUGGUAUGUCCUGCGUGUUAUUGCAGAGGACCAUCCCUGAGCGCCCCCUCGGCCAGGACCGCCAGCUCACCUUCAAAUGUAACACGAGCAGCUCGUUUUCCAGCAUCUUUUACAAGAGCACUGCAGCGGAGGCUUCCUUGCAAUUUCCCCAGUCUCUCCUUACUGAGGCUGUACCUCCUGGGCAGCCAGAGGACACGGUCUACAAGCUCCACCUACUUGGCUUCCACAAUGGCAAGUUUUUUCCAUCCACUGGCAACUCCUCCCAACUCGCUGAUGGAGGGCGGAGGAGAAGUGUAGCCACACCUGUCAUCAUGGCCAAGAUAGAUGGCAUGACUCCACGCGUCCUGAAGACCCCUGUUAAUGUCACCCUGCGCCUGUUUGCCCGCGGCUCAGAUGCUGUGUCCGCCUGCUGGAACUUGAGCCAGGCGGGAGGUCAGGGAGGAUGGCAGAGCGACGGCUGCCGCAUAUUAGACCAUCACGACAAUUUCACAACCAUAUCAUGCAACUCUCUGGGCAACUACGGCCUGCUUAUGGAUCUCAGCGCUAUGGAAUAUUCCUCGCCAAGCAUCAAGCCACUGCACCCAGUUAUCUACGCCACCACUGUCAUACUCCUCCUGUGCCUGGUCACCAUUAUUAUAAGCUAUAUCUACCAUCACAGGUCUGUCCGAGUGAGCCGGAAGUUUUGGCACAUGUUGAUCAACCUCUGCUUCCACAUCUCCCUCACCUGUGGGGUUUUUAUAGGUGGCAUCAAUCAGACGCGAUUCUCAAGCGUCUGUCAAGCAGUGGGCAUUUUGCUGCACUACUCCACUCUCGCUACCACUCUCUGGGUGGGUGUGACUGCAAGGAACAUUUACAAACAAGUGACACGCAAGGCCAAACGCUACGAGGAGCUGGACGAGCCGCCGCCACCGCCGCGGCCAAUGCUGAGGUUCUACUUAAUUGGCGGAGGGAUACCCAUCAUAGUCUGUGGGAUCACUGCUGCAGCAAACAUCAAAAACUACGGCAGCCAGAUCAAUGCGCCAUAUUGCUGGAUGGCGUGGGAGCCGAGUAUCGGAGCAUUUUAUGGCCCGGUAGUUUUUAUCAUCUUUGUGGACUGCAUGUACUUCCUCAGCAUCCUGCUGCAGCUGCGCCGACACCCUGAGCGCCGUUACGAGCUCAAAGAGCCAACCGAAGAGCAGCAGCAUCUGGCUCCGGCCAACACUGAGGUUGGGCCCGAUGCUCCCGGCAGCCACUGCCACCCCCUCACCCUCCAGCUUCAGCCACAUGAGGCAUCCUCUUCAUUAGUGUUUCCCCCCCACACUGUGCCACUGUCGGCUCUGGAGAACGAGCACACUUUCGCUGGCCAGUUGAUGGGUGCAGCGGGGGCAUUGGGGCUGUACGCAGCCCUGUGGGUGUUCGGCGCCAUGGCAGUAUCGCAGGACCACCCCUUUGAUUUAGCUUUCACCUGCUUGUUUGGGGUGGCGGCGCUGGCGCUCGGGGCCUUCAUGGUUGCUCAUCACUGCGUCAAUAGACAAGAUAUGAGGCGCCAUUGGUCCCAGGUCUGUUGCUCCGGGAGACGAGCGUACUCCACACAGGAGGACACCCUUCUGCCUCAGCCAGGCGUGGCGAUGAUAUCUACGACAGGAUCUGACAACAAGGCGGAUGGGGAGUCAGCCAAGUGCGGCCACAGCAGCGCGGACUCUUCCUAUACAAACAAGAGCGCCCCAAGCAUGCGCAACUCCGCCCACGGCAGCAAGCUGACCAAUCUCCACGCGGAGGCUGCACAGUGCAAGUCAGCGUCAGCAUCAGCGGCAGCCAAUGGCGCUGCUAUUUUGGACAACAGCCUGACCGAGCAUUCACUAGACAAUGAAAUCAAAAUGCACGUGUCACCGCUCGAGGUGCAGUUCCACCCCGUGAACAACGCGAGCAACCCAGCCGCCACCGUCGCCGCCACCGCCAACGGCCACAUAAGCAGGCAUCACAAAAACAGAGCGCGCACGCACAGGGCGAGUCGGCUCACCGUGCUGCGAGAGUACGCCUAUGACGUGCCUACCAGCGUGGAGGGCAGCGUGCAGGGCAGCGUGCAGAGCACCCCCCACAGGAGACACCAUCACUACGACAUGGCAGCUCGCAACAGCCGACGAGCGGCCUACAUGGCGUACAGGGAGCGGCAUCAGAGCCAGCUGCAACAGGACAGCAGCGACAGCGCCAGCCUGCCGCGGCGCUCCCGCUACUCAGAUAAAGGAGGCGGCAGCACGCUGGGGAAAGGAUCUGUGGUAACCGUAGAGACUGAGCAGUCGGUUACUGCGGCAGGGUCGAGCUCAAGUAAAGACUCUGCUUCUGCAAAGCAGCCUGGCAGCACGGGACUGGAAAGCCACCCUAAGUCUUAUGGGCUGAACCUUAUCACUCACAACGGUGGCACGCUUAAAGAGAAUGGACAGGCAGUGGCUGUAAUUAAAACGGACAGUGCAGCCGCAAUAAAGACCGGCUUGUGGAAACAUGAAACUACUGUGUAGCAACCGUUUCCGUGCCAAAGACUGCAUAAUAAUGUGCUCACAACUUUAAGCUGUGAAUGUCUGGUUUAGUUGUUUGAUUGUACUUUUUUUUUUUCCUUGAAAAAAGAAAAAAAUUGGAAAAUAGUAGCCGAAUUAUGGCCAAUGAACUGACUUUGUAGAUAUGUUUCUGUAAAUGUUCUAUUUUUAUAACUUUUAAUCCACCACUUUGAGAGUUUUGUACAUGAAACCGCAUGGUCUGAGCUGUGUGGCCCUGUGCGUACCGUUAACCUGGAGCCUUUCCCCCCCGUUUUCUAGUUUGUUCCAACAAUAAUUAAAACAAAAGUUCCAUUUACCUAA